AUGACUGAGGGCAUGGACGACUUCUCCGCAGGGCCUCCUCCCCCUCCUGGAUCAGCCUCCCCCACCGGCUCUGUGGACACCGGACGAGUCCCUGAGGAGAAAGCAGAGGAGAAACCAGAGGAGAAACCGGAGGAGAAACAGGAAGAGACAGAGGAGACGGAGGAAGAGGAGGCAGCGGGUCGCAGUGGGGAGGAGGCUGCAGAGGGAGGCGCAGAGGGAGGUGCUGAUGAUGGCGAGCACAUGGGGGCCGUGGGCAUCAUGGCGUUCUCAGCGAGCUGCUGUGUGUGCGUAGAGAUGGAGCAGAUCAGAAACUGUGUGCACUCUGAGAAAAUCUGCAUCCUGCCCAUCCUGGCCUGCCUGCUCAGCCUGGCGCUCUGCACCGCCGGACUCAAGUGGGUCUUUGUGGACAAGAUCUUCGAGUAUGAGCCGCCCACACACCUGGACCCCAAACGCAUUGGACAGGACCCCAUAACAGCCAACCCCACGCUGGGACACACGGUGACUGUCCCUCACUCAUCACCCUCCCCCGCCUCCCUGACCACCGCCCCCCUCACCCCUACCUCCCUGACCACCACCUCCCUCACACCCUCCUUCACGCUGGGACAUCCUGACGUUUUCCUGGAAGAGAAAUCCACCCGAGGGCCGAACGGUCCACCCGAUCCCUCUAUGACCCUCAAGUACAACGCCGAACGACCCAGCACCACAAAGCAGACCCCCCACCCUCAGACCACACGGGAGAUUAACGACAUCCCCACAGUCUGUAAGUACACAUGAUGGGAGCACUGGGAAUAGGUUACAGGCAGGAUGUCCUUUGUUUCUUCAUUGCAUUAAAGGACAAAGUGACACGAGCUGCUCAGAGUGUCAUCAACACAAAAGCAGAGUGAUUUAUAAAAAUACGAAACACCUGAAGGUCAGAGUAAACGUCAGAGCAGAUCUUAAAAUAAAAAACUAACAUCAUUUAGAGCAAUAAGUUCAACAAGUUCAAGUCGGAUAAAAAGGUUAAUAUCCUAGACAUGAAUCAGUGAAAUGUCACAACAGUAAAGGGAGAUUAGAAAGCGAAAGUACAACGUAUGAAGGUGAAAGAGGUAAAAUCGAAUCAUUAAAGGAGUGUAAGAGUCAGAUAAUGAAAAGUUGUCUGUUACAGAGACAGAUCCAGACCUUGAAGGUGAAAGAUGACGUGUUAAUAAAAGGGAAUAAAGCAAAUUACUAAAGGUGAAUAAAGACUAUAAGUCAAGGUGAAUACAGACGUGUUAGUAAAGGUGAAUACAGAUGAGUCUGUGAAGGUGAAUAAGGAGUUAAUAAAGGUGAACAAAGACGUGUUCCUAAACGUGAAUAAGGUGUGAGUAGAGAUGAAUAAGAAAGUGUUAGUUAAGGUGAAUCAAGAGGCUUAGUUUAUGCAAAUAUUGUCCAGGUAAAGGUGUGUGGACAUUAAAACACAGAGUUUUUUAAACGCCAAGAGAGCUGAGCUCUGAGGGCUGAAACCUGAGGUGUGUUCGCAGGACUCUCUGAAUGCAGACACGUCGAGGCUUGCAGAGUGCUGCAGAGAGGCAGUGACUAAGCCUCUGAAAUAUUACUACACUGAGAACAACAAUCUGUUCAGACCUGAGGAACCUCCAGUCUGCCUCUUUAAGAAUUCAUGAUCACAUCGUGCUGCAGAGAUUUUGGCACACUACAGCAAAUGGAGGUUUUUUUAUGGUGUUCUUCUGUAUGUAGAAGGUGGAGGUCCCUAAAAUGUGUGGGGGCACAUUUCCAGUCAUCUGAAACAGUGAAAUCAAUAAAUGAUGCAGGACACAGACUGAAACUCGAGGCUGUGGUACAGGGAGACUUCCUGUUUUCUGCCCGUGCUCCAUUUCAAGGUCAGAGUCGCUGGAGGCUAAUUGAUGCCCCCUCCAUCCGUCCACCGCAGAAAAAUCAUCCCACUAAUACAGUCUGUCUGCCCGAGACACAGCGCCACUAUGCCAAACCGGUCUGACGCAUGCACGUCUGCAAGGGUAGGAACAUUCGAAACAUCUCUGAGGGUUAGAACAAGGAGUAACAUUUACGGCCUUUUGUAACAUUUACAUAUCUAAAGGAUUACAACAUAAAAGAGUUAGAAUAUGGAGUCAAAUCUAAAGGUUUAAGAACAUUAGCAAAGUCUCUGAUGGACUAGAACAUAGAGUCACUUUUUAGAGGGUUAAAACAUGAGAACAACUCAGAGGGUCAGAACGAGGAGUCGAAUCUUUAAGCUCAAGAUUAUUAGAAAGAAAAAAAAACUCUUGGUGGGGUUAAGGCGUUAAAAACAUCUCUGAUGGUAGAAACAUGUACUCAGAGUAAUAAACUUAAAACAUAGAGGGAAAUCUUUGGUGUAAGUAAAGAACAUUAGUGAAUGAACAGCUUCUCUGUAAUGUCUUCCAUUUGAAGAACAGUCAGAGGAGCAGCAUUUAGGAUCGAUCCACAUGGAAAGAGGGGUCACUGCAGCAACUACAUUUUGUCUGCAAUUACUGAACAACCAGAGGAUCAGCUUCCUUGAUUCAUCUGCAUUUAAAGGAUCAGCCUCUAUGAUCAUUACGCUUUUACUGAACAUCUGACCGGCUUCUUUCAGAGGAUCAGAAGUCAUCAAUCGUCCACAUUGAAAGAGGGUUCCUUGCAGCUAGGCCUGUCACGAUAACAAAUUUUGCUGGACGAUAAUUGUGCUACAAAUUAUCACCGAUAAACGAUAUUAUUGACACCAUUUUUUAAAUUAUAGAUAAUGAUAUUAUAUGGCAUAAUAAUGCGAGUACACCAUGUCAAAAGUGAUAAACUUUAAUUUCCACACGAGAACAACACUGGUUGUUUUCGUUGACUAAAAUAUUUCCCUUUUCUCCCACGACGAAGACGUAACGUUGACGAGCUAAACAUAAGUCGGAGAUGACUAAAAUGUGACGAGACGAAAGUGCGUUUACGUUGAUGGGACGAGACGAAAAUGACGAACAGAGUUGCAAAACUCAGUCAGUUAAACGCUAAACAUAUAGGAGCAGCUUCAGUCCGCUCUGACAGCUCUCAUCAGCCUGCUGUGCUCCUCCAACACACAGACACACACGCACGCGCGCGCGCGCACACACAAACGUGGAGUUUUGUGGUUGACGAAAACAAAACUGGUUUAAAGCCGAAAUAUUCCCACACUUGGGCUGUUGCGUUCGGUUUAGACACCAAAGCUGUCGUGUUCAUUCUGUUAGCUUGCUUUUCACUCACGACGCUCACUUGCAGCACUGUAUCCAAAAAGCCUGUGUCUGUGUGCGCCAGCCCCCUCCUGACAAAGACACUGAAUGACUGACAGGAGGGUUCACUAACUCCGUUCAUUCCGCUAUAGAGCCAACGCCCCCAGGUGCCGAGAACAAUGCGCAAAGUGAGACCUCUUCUCUCAUCCAGCGUGUUUGGUAGCGAGAGAGGAGGAAAACAAACGCACGUCAAUUAUCGAGGCUGGCAAAGUUAUCGACCUCGUUUUUAUUUAUCGAGCGAUAAGGCGAUUUAUUGAUUAUCGCGACAGGCCUACCUUGCAGCAAAUAUGUUCUCCCAGUUUGAGGAUCAGCUUCUUCUCUCUGUCUGCAUCUGAAGAAUGGUCAGAAGAUGAGCUUCUAUGAUCUGUCCCCAUUUUAAGGACAGUCAAAGUAUCUAGUUUUCUAGCCAGUAGUUUCUUGGUCCUGACUAUCCUUGAAAGCAGUCAGAGGAUCAGUAUGCACUUUUAGAAGAUAAGGAUGAUCAGCUACUUUGCUCUUCCUUCAAUCAUGACUCAGAGGAUAACAUUCAUGAUGAAUCUACAUUCAGAGAGGAGUCAUUGCUGCAAUUAUGUCUCUCUGCAUUUAUGAACCAGUAUCCACUUUGUAUUUCUGUCUGCAUUAAAGGAACAGUCUGACAAACAGUUACUAUGGAAGAGCCAGAGGAUCUGCUUUUUUGUAUUUUCUGUCAAAGAAAAGUUAAAAGGUGCUGCAUUUAUCGAUCAAUCUACAGUUAAAGAGGGGUAAUUGCACCUUCUUUGUUACAUCUGUAUUAAGAAACAGUCAGGGGGUUAGCUUGUGUGCUGUGUCUUGAAAGAACAUCAAAGAAUCAGCUUCUGUUUCUUCUACACUUUGACAUCAGCUUUGUACCUUCAUAGACAUUUCCUUUUCAUCCAGUCCUUUUUUUUCCAGUCUAGAUCUGGGGUUCCCAACCUCUUUUAAGUUAAAGUAGUGAAAAUAAAUGCAAGUCUCUUCCUUAUUUGGACCUUAGUGGUUGCGAGGUGUAGGCAGGCCACAAAAUGGUCAUCGGUCAUCGUGGAUCUGUACUUGGGCUUGAUGAUUGUCAUGAGAGAGAGCAGACCUGCAUGAAUCGGUUGAUCCAAAAAGGGUUGUCAGAUUCAAGGCCCAUCUUCUGAGGUACAGAUACUUUCUUUCCAGUUGAAGUUCCAGAUCUUUCCUUUCAUCCCUGGUGUUGCCAUAAAUUUGAUCUCAUUGUCAUUCUGCUGUGUAAGAAUCUCAUUUUUAGCGGCUGAGCUAUGCAGGUGGAACCACUUAGGACACAAUGUCAUCUACAUUAAUAUUUGGGUUGCAUAGAUCUGGUAACACAUUCAAUUCAUGCAAAGUCAGUAAAACGCUUCUCAAAUCCUGAUGAGACGCCCUGAACUUGCUCAUAAUGAAGUGCAAUGUCAAGUUGUUUGACAUCUUGAGCCUGACUUUGUAGCUCUGCCUGCAUGUGCAGAAAGUUCUGCAGGUCACAGUGUUGCAGCCUACCUGACAGCAGUUUAAGCUUGCUUUUAAAUGUGCUCACAGAAAUGAUCAUGUCAACAUCGCCCUUAUCUUUAACCUGCAGUUCUAAAACUAGCUCACUGAGCAGACUUGUGAAAUCUGAGGAAUGGUGAAUCUAAAAGCCACUGGGAGACUUCUAGCUUACCAUUAUUUUAGCAAUAGCUCAGUAAAUCUAGUCAAAAAUGUACUUCUGCGCAGCCACCUUGCAUCUAUAUGCAGCAGGAAGUCUGUGGUUUGAGUCCAGCUCCUUCAACUGAGCACAGAACAACCAACUUAUGUUUGACAAGAACGUGACUACCACUUUAACACUUUACCCUUAGUGUGGGCCUCUUAAAAACAGACUGCUGCUCUGCCAACUGGCUCUUCACCCCCACACUUUCAGGCUGCUCUGAGCUGUUUUUGUUUGGAAACCAGUUUCCUUUGUACAUUGUCUUGUGUCAUUCAAAGGUGUCCUUCUUCAGCAAGUCUGUGCUUGCACUGCAGAUACGAAAGAUUUACUUUCAAUUUGAGCAAACACAAAAUAAUCCUCCCAAUCUUGGUGAAAAUAAUAUUUUCAUUCAGAUAGCAUUAUUUUCAGAGAGCAAACUUAAUGAUUGAAAGGGAUCAGCUACCACUCACACCCAUGUCCUGACAGAUUCAUGCUCCGUCACUAUGCUAAUAUCCCUGACUGCACAGACAGGGAAAGAUUAUAGGCAUUGACCAAUACAGGUUACAAAAUAAAUAGUUUUCUACCCCUCUAGGGAUCUGCUGGGAAUCAGUCCUGUCCAUCAGGAUCAUCUGGUUGGGCCCCACUGGAAUCUAGAUCCAAGAGACAAUCUAGGCUGUAGAUUCCAGAUCCAGAUCUUAACCUGCUGUCCUGCUCAGUUAUUCUUUAAUGUCAUUAAAACUUGCUCCUGAUUCCUGAAGUCCUGUUUUCAUCAUAAAGUCAUUCAGUAGAGGACGUCAUGUCGGGUCGAGUGGUGUUAAAGGGACACUGACAAAUGUGGGACAAUUAAGUGUCAGUGCAGGAUUGGCUUUGAAUUCAAGCAGUAGUAUCACAGAAUUAAGCUCCUGUGAGGAACUCUCUGCCCAUGUUGACUUUGGUGCCCCCUGUGGACAAAGAGGUAACCCUUAAAUUGUAGCUAAUUUCAUCUUCUCUGUGUAUAAUUAAUAAUGACACAGCCUUGUAUGACAGUAUUCAACUUGACUAUGAUCAGUGUUGUCACAGAGACCCUUUCUCAUAAAGUUCAAUCACAGCAGGUCUGAAAAUAGUACAUCGUAACUUGGAACACCAGACGUUCUUCUGGCUGACUUUUAUGCUUGUUUAACGGCACAGCAGACGUUGAUGUCCGCUCGGUUCUGCUUUGGUUGUAUUCUUGUCGUAGCUGUUCUUUGGCAUGAUGACUCUAGAUUAAAUUAGUUGUGCUGUAUUCUGUUGCCUCUACUGUCAUCUCAGGACACGAGCUUGGCACAUAUUGCAAGUCUUGUUGAAUUUGCCCCUGUCACGCUCUAGCCCCUGCUAACAUGACAGGUGCGACAGCAGCAUACUGCUGCCCUGAGGAGCCUGCCUCUGAUUGGCAUGUUGCGCCGAGUAACUUGGCACUAAUGGAUCGAAUCAGACAGUUUAAACUUUGUUUUCUGAUUUCCAAUCCAGUAAUUUUAGUUGGUAUUGGACCAAUACUGAUACUGAAUAUGGACAAGUGCAUCUUUACCUGUAACACAUCUUAACUUUAAUUACCAGGUAGAAGAAGCAUGCAUGCUUUUCCUGCACUUGUUAUAGGUAAAAUAAGUGGAAUUCAAAUCUAUAAUGACAAGCAAUGACAAUGCUGUGAGUUCGGUAGCAGGUAGGUUUCAAAGGCGGAGUCUGCAGGAUUUAAGAGCCUGUAUGCUAAUGUGUAAAAGAUGAGUGACUGAAUGUGCUGCUCCAUUUUCAUAUUUUCAUCAAGCCACUCAAGCUCACGCAGCCAGAGUGUUAAAUUUACAAUGACAAACUACCAUCCAUCCAUCUAUCCGUCCAUCUUCUACCACUGAUUCAGAGUCAGGGGACAGGGGAAGCAAGCUAAGCAGGGAACUCACACUGCACCCGUCUCCUUUGGCCUCUACUCUGGGUGGUGAUCCCAUGGAAAGGGGGUCCCACGUUGCCUCUUCAGGCUGUGCCCAGCCAGGCCCCACAGGGGGGUCAACCCAUGUGCAGACGCGAGAAACCGAAAACCAUUUGUUGUGUUUAUCAUAAAGGGUCUUUUUAGCUACACUUUAUCUGAGGAGGGAAACCAGUAUCACCAUAUUUUGCUUUUGCAGACAUAGAUCUUACACUUUAAGGUCAAAGACAAACAAGGGAGAAGUAAAUUAGCAGAAAAUUAGCGUGCAUGACAACUAACAAAUUAUAAAAUCACCUACUCAUCAAAAAUACACAUGUCCAAGUGUGUUAAACAGACCCCUCUACUGAAACUUGUUUUAAAGCUGACAUUACUUACCUUUAAUCUGAGGAUGUCAAAGGAUUGAAAAGAGGGAUUGACAUCAGGAGCCUCAUGACCACAUGGAAAUUUUUGCAAAUGGCUCCCUCCACUGUUGUAAAUGCGCAUGUGCACGAAAAUUAUAGGAAUCAUGGUUAGACAAUCUUAAUUCUGUUUGUUGUAAGAAGCAUGUUUAAAAUAGCUUGAUUGUAUAGAUGUAAUACAACACACUUGUGUAAAUUCAACAACCCCUAAUGCAACUUUAAUAAUACUUGAAUAAUACUUUCGGUUAGAUGGUUAAAAACACACUUGUAGAGUAUUUUUAAAAUGAAAUUAUUAUAUAAUGAUGUUUCUGAAUUUGCACAUUGUGAACAUAAAGAAACAGCCUUCAUAAAUGUGAUUCACCUUCAGAGACAUGACUCUGUAAAAAACCACUGCAGCUCUGAGAGCAGCAGAGACGCUGGCUGGACUCCAGCAAACACCCUGAUACUGCAAUUUUAUCCAUCCUGACCCUACGGCUGGAAAAACUGCAGGAAACAUACACUCAGUCCUUACCUCCUUUACUCUCUGCAAACAUCUCCUCCAUCUCCAUGAUGAGGAUGAGGAUUCAUUGAAAAUGUAAAUCCCAGUGUGCCUGUUCGAUUAGAAAGAGGUCCUUAGAAAUAUUUCCAGGACAGUAAAUUGAGUAACGUGAGCUGUCUGUAUCAGUCUGUAGCACUGGUAGGCUCGGUCAUUGAUGAUCAUGCUGAAUGCUGCAGCUUCUGAUUAAACUCUGUUCAUUCAUAUUUAUAUUCCUGCAGCCUUUUCUCUGCUUCAUCAUCUUUGUCACAUAUCUGAAGAAACUGCUGACUGACUGUAGACCCUCCGUCUCCUGUUGCAUGCUGGGAUAGACCCCAGUGGUAGCUGCUUAGGUUAUCUUUACUGUCUUUGUAGUUUUAGUUUUAUUUAAUGUUGGAGAUCUUCAGCACCAACUACAACGACCUACACAGAGUAUGCAGUUACUGUACACUCAGGGCGUUUUUCAAAGAUUUAGAAGCUUAUUUAACACACUGAAUCCCCCCCUGGAUUAGCAGGUAGUUUUAACUGAACACUAAAAGUCUGUAAACUCUAAAAUUAUUCACCAACUGUAUAAACUCCCCCUUUUUUAACCUACUAUAUUAACUCUUACAUUUUUUCUACCUGGAGUGUUUCCUCUGAUGUUUCUUGCUGCUAUAACAACCUUUUGUCCUCUGCAGCUGCCACCAGCACCACCACCAAAAGUAAGACCUCCAGUCACGUGACGCGCUGCAGCGACAGACAGAAGAACUACUGCGUUAAUGGAGGAGAGUGCUUCACCCUUGAAAUCAUGCCAGGCAGCACAAAGUUUCUCUGCAGGUACGACACAGGCUGAAGGUCAAAAUGGUGCCUUUGAAUCAGACCUCAUCUGACUGAUGCUUUUACUGCUGUGUUUGCUCUUCUUUGCCAAGUUGACUGACUGAGUGUAUCUGAGGUCCCUCUCGCCUUAGUCCGAACCUCUCACCGUCUCUGAGAAAGCCAAUAUUUUAAAAUGUUGUGGGAAAAAAGGAUUUAUUGUGUGAGUCCAGCUGAAACUGGACUUUAAAGAUCAUGUAAACUCGUUGGUAGUGAGCUGGAAAGUGUUUUCAUCAAACAAACUAUUGGCCUUUUGCUAAUGGCGAUUGUUGAUUAUUUUGGUACAUGACAUGACAGGACAACCAGAGGAUGGCCGAGUCUAAACAACGUGAUAACCAAGUAACAGCAGAGGAUAAUAUACUUUAGACAGUUUAUCAAUUGGAACUACACUGUGCGUGUAACGAUACUGUGUGGGGAACUGAGAGAUAGAAGGAAAGUGUAAGAGAAAAGGAAAAAUUGGGAGGGAGAGAGAGGAAAACUGGGGAGAGAGUGUGGGAGACUGGUCAGGGAGGAAAACUGUGAGACUGGAGGAGAAAGAGGAAAAAUGGGAGAUUGGAGAAUAUGGCAGAGAGAGUGGGACACCGGGGGAUAGAGAGGACAACUGGGGGAGAAGGAAGGAAACUGAAAGGGAGAGGUGGGGAAUGGUUGAUGAUCCUGGGCUGCCCCUCAUACCAAGAUCAUCUCAGAAUCACCUUUAGCGAGGACAUAGUUUUAUCGUAAAGGCCCAAAAUUCUGCUCUGGUCAGGAUCAGGCAGGACACCUUCUCCUGGUCAGUACCCCCUUGUCCCAAAGGUGUUCUCACUCUUGGUAAACCUGAACAAGGACAGAGGCCAAACUGGUUUUCCCAAGCCUCGUCUUUUGUUCCUUGAUUGUUGGUGUUUGUUUAAAUUAUACAAGUUAGUACCACUUCAUCUCUGUAUCAUGGUUCCUGAUUGGCCUUAGAGGUGAGGCCCCACAUGAGAAGACCAAGUCUGUGAUACUGCAGACCAGCACCCUGCAGUCCCUGCUCAUACCUUCAUUAGAGCCGGUCCAUUAGCAAUCCCUGACCUCUAACUCUGCUGCCCACCAGCUGAGGCUCGACAUAGCUGACUAAGAAAUGCAAGAGAAGCAAGAUUCAUAAAGAUUCAUGAGGGAGAAAGAUUUUUCCAACACCGUCUCAUUCAGAAAAAAAACCCCAAAAAACCCUCUCUUCAUUUCGAGCCAGCUUCAUGUUUUAGUGUCGGACUGCUGUCAGUGAUUCUAACUUGAUGUUGUUUUGCAGAGUCAACAGCAGGGGGCAGAAGAGUCCUGUGUCAGUGUUAUGUUGUGCGUCUCACUACUGUCUCUGUUUGUUUGUCCAUGUGUUCUCAUGUGUAUUCCCUGUCCGUCCUGUUUAUGUGUCCUCCUCUCUGCCCAUUUACCAGGUGCUCUGCAGGAUUCACUGGGCACCGAUGUGAACAGGCUGUGCUUAAGAAAGUCUCAGACCCAAAACGUAUGUUUACACACCUGUACCUAAUCCCACAUGUCAUUACUGGUGUUCCACCCUGUCACAUUUCCUCAUGUAGCUGUUGGAGGACUCCAUGAUUCCUUAACACGCAGAUAAAACCUGCUGAUUUGUAGAAAUCUGAUCGACUGUAUCUGCAGUGGAUCCUUGGAACGUCUCUAAAGCUGAAACCUGCAUGUACCUCCACAUCCCAUCAAACACCAUCCAUACUGUUCAUAGCUGUGGCCUGUUUGUAGGUGUAAAGCUCUCGUCCUCACCCCUUUACCCCGAAGGAACCAGAGGUGAACAGCUUCAGACCUUUUAGGUGUUAUCCUGUGAAGCAGCAAUGAUUCCGAUGUUUCAGAAACUGGUCCCAUGAGCCUAAUCUGAGGGGUCACUGGUUGGUCCGAGGGGUCACUGGUUGGACUGGUGCAGAUCUAACUAGGAGCUCUCUAGGUGGUUUAUUUCUGGGUCUGUAUUGAAUGUGGUUGGGGUGAGUGUUGAUGUACAUGCAGAUCUCAGUCUGCAGCUGAGACAGUCAUCAGAGAACUUAAUGCAGAGUUGAGGUGACUCAUAAAAUCUCUACCAGUUGAUGAUUCAGAGCUUUUCCUGUGGGAGGAUUCCACAUUAAACCUGGCCUCUCUGGUCCUUCCUGCUAACACCAGUGAUGAUGAUGUGGGUCUUAAAUUUCUCUCUCAUGUACUAACCCCUAUCUCUUCUCCUCUGUCUCUUUCUGUCUGUCUCAGGUGUCCAAAUGAAUUUACUGGUGAUCGCUGCCAAAACUAUGUAAUGGCCAGCUUUUACAGUAUGUCUACUACUUCUUCUACCUGUCCUGUGAUUGGAGCAUGCUCACUGGCUGUUCUUGUCUUGUCUGUGUACCUGAUCACCGCUACCUGUUCCUUUUUUUGGUGUGUCAGUCCUGCAGCCUGAAACCUCUGGCAUGUCAAAGUCUGAUUAAAAGUUUGAAGAGUGCGUGUUUCGGAGACACGUUUCAGUGUCAUCACACACAACAAAACAUUUACACAUUAAAAUUUUAAUCUGAAAGGAUGAUCUUUAUUCCUGUCAGGCUGUUAAAAUCAGUUAAACCUGUCGGGACACAGAGACAACACUCAUAUUUGAUUAAUCUCAAACUGAACAGACUGUUUCAGACUGCUGUGGCUCAGGGUUACAGUGGGUUGUCUCUCAGUUGGGGGUUUGGUCCAUUUAAAGAGCCCUCCAGCAAAAACCCUGAACCCCAAACUGACCCUGGAGGCGGUGUGUCCAUCUGUGUGUAAAUGUGUUUGUGAAUGGGAUUCAUUAGAACGAUGGUUAGCUUCCUCUGCACUCAGUUUGUAUGAAUGAAUGGCUGAGUGAAUGUGGGAUGCAUCGUUAAGAGCUGUGAUUGAUCAGGAGAUUUAAAGUGGUCAACAUAAGAGAAGUCUGUUUGAUAAUGACCCUGUCUAUAAAAUAUGGUUGAUGUUUUAACACUGACAGGCUGAGCAGAAGUUCAAUCCUGUUUCCUCCUCAGUGGACUUGUUCAUUUAAUUAUUUAUUUACAUUAUUUAAAUAAAAACACAAAAAGUGAAGCCAGAACCACUGAAACACUAUCACUGAUAUACAGGAACGAUGUUAUAAUCAGUUUAAAUCCAUAGAAGUAAUGAAAAAAUAUGAAGUGAAUCUAAAAUCUUACAAGUCAAAGCCACAAAAACAUAUUUGAAUAACUUUUAAACAAUAAUUACAAUAAUUAAAGAUGAAUUUAUGAACAAAACUUUAGAUUAGGGCUGGGCAAUAUGGCCUCAAAUCAAUAUCACGGUAUAUUGAGCAGUUCACCUCGGUAACGAUAAAUGGACGAUAACUUCUCCACAAGCUGCUCACCUCCUCCCACAUAAACUUCUUCUUCAGCAGCCGCUACAGCCGCUCCAGCCGCUACAACUUUUAAACAGUCCUCCAUCUCCUCACCUGUCUUUCCCUCUUUGUUACGGACUGAAUGGAGUAGAGUCAUGUCUCCGAUGUAGGACUGCGGCUUAAAGGGACAUGAGACCAUAGCCUACCAACACACAUCCAAAACCAACUUUUAUUUAUUUAUUUUUUGACACCAAAUAUACUGACAUGGGCAAAAUGACGUCGCUUAUUGUCAUAAAUUUCAGUAUCGAUAAAUUUUCGGUUUAUCAUCCAGCCCUACUCUAGAUGCCUUUAUUUAUAACCACUUAAUCUAUGUAGGACAAAAUUUACAAUGAAUUAUCAAUAUAAAAGCAUCUAUAGAAAUAGAUUUGAUAAAUGUGAUAGCGUUAACCUGUUAGUACUGGUAUUAGUACAAGUAUUAGUACUGCUUUAGGGUUAGUUAGUGUUUAUUACUGUCAGUGUGUUGUGUUUUAGUGUUAGUGUCUGGUUAGUUUUAGCGUUAGUCUAUGUUAGGGUUAGCAUUAGGUAAUGUAUUACAAUAACUGUUGUGGGUUUGUUGGCUUUUGAAUAUUUGGACUCAGAGUCAAAACAGCUGAUCUGUUUAUUGUUUAAAGGAACAAUCCACUGAUUCAGAAAACAGGAAAAAUGAAUAGCUAAAAUAGACCGCAUGACAUGACAGCGAUUCGGUCUAACCGCACCUUGAUGAAUAAACUGUAGCUACCUUGAUGUUGCCAUAGUGAUAUCAUUCAGUCAGGUGGUUAUUAAGGAAAAGGCAUGGAUCCAGUGUUUUCAUAGCCUGUCUUAUAUCAGUAUUUGAAACUGUCAAAUGUCUGCAGUUCCUCUUUAAAAUCUCUUUUAAGUCUUUCAAGAAUGCUAUUUCAACUGUUUUUUUUGAAUGUAAAAUUCACAAACUGCUGUGAUUGUUAACAGCUGUCCUCUCAAUGUUUCUGCCAUUAACUUUCUGAGUAUUUGUGUGUGUUUCUGCAUGUGUGAAUGUAUUUUUGCAUGUGUUUCUUUGUUUUUGCACGUGUGUAUGCAUUUUUGCAUGUGUUUGUGUUGUAGAGCUGAGGUUUUAAGAUUGGCCUGUCCUCUCUUUCAGAAGCGGAGGAGCUGUAUCAGAAACGUAUUUUAACAAUAUCAGGGAUCUGCUUUGCACUCCUAGUCGUUGGAAUCAUGUGUGUGGUUGCCUACUGCAAAACAAAGUAAUUGAAAUCACAUUUUCUCGUUAAUUUAUAACUCCAUCAUUCAUUUCAUGAUUUUAUGUCAGCAUCCAAAUAAGUACUCUGAAAUAAAUGACAAGUCCAAAUGAUGAAUUCAAAACAAGUCCCAAGCUAGUCCAAACAAUGAGUCUAAAACAAAUAAAAUAGUCCCCUACAAGUCCAUAUGAUGAGUCUAAAACAAAUCUCUCAAACAAGUCGAAAUCACAAGUCCUAAAAAGGUUUUACACGUGUUGGGAGGUUCGUCUUGGUGUCAGUCUGUGUGAGUGUUAGUUAACGUCAGUGUUAGUUAGUUUUGAUUGUAUUAGUUGUGUUAGUGUUGUUGUUUGGUGAAAGGGUUAGUUUAGGGUUAGUGUUAUUUAAAGAUGUUGGUCUAAGCAAACAAUUACUUGAAGCUAAGGACGUGAACAGUUAAGUCAGUGUGGUCUCAGUUUCAGGUUUUCCUCUUCUCUGGUUAAAGUUGUCUUCGUCUGUGGUUAGAGCAGUCUCAGUUUUUGUCUUUGUCUUGGGUAUAUCUUGACCUAAGGUAGGAGUCAACUUGUCUAUGGCUAGAGUCCUUCUGUCUUGUGUUAGGUAGACAUCUUUUUAACGAUUGGAUUGGUCUUUGUCUCUCGACAGGCUCAUCUUUGUCUCAGGUUAGAGUCAUGCUAUACUGACUCUCUGACAUGGAGUUUUGAAGUUUGAUGUUGGUUAGAUAAAUGAUAAUAAAACCCGGUGUUGAGUUUCUAUCUGUUGAUAAAAAGAUUAAAAGUUUAACAUUUUUCAUGUUAAACAUCGUUAACCCUAUCAGAGAACACAACAAACUGAAACUCUGAGAGGAGGAAGAAGAAUUUGGACACUGUAAAAGAUGAUGGAAGGAAAUCAGAGCUGACAUCCAUCUAUUUAAAGGAAUGAUAAGUUCCUUCAUAGUAAAAUCACAUCACACAGGGUACAUCUCUAACAUACUGCAUAUUGACCUUUGGACCUCUGGGAUGCUUCACAGCUGAGUUUUCUGUUCUCAAACAGGAAGCAGAGGAAGAAACUUCAGGACCGUCUGAGGGAGAGUAUGAGGAAGAAGAAGAAGAUGAAGAAGAAGAAGAGCAGCGAUCCUAAAGUGGCAAGCUCAGCAAGAGGACUUCAGCAUGCUAACAUGCCUCUGCAGGAUCUGCAGCCUGUUACUGUGAGCUUUUAGUCAUCAGCAUGAGAGUAACUGAGUGACCACUGCUGACUCCGCCCUCACAUGUAUCUGCUAUAUUACCCACAGUGCAACGGGACGACCUUGCAGCAUGCAGCUGAGAAGGACUCUGAAACAACCUUCUCUACAAGCAAAAACGCCUUACCUGCUCCUGAACACACCACCUACACCAACGUCUCCAGCCAAAGGUGAGCACCUACACCUUACUGCGACAUGACACAUGUCCUACAGAUAGGCGUCCUGUAAAUGCCACACCUGAUCCCAAAUACACCACCUACACACAGCCAAAGGUGAGCACCAACACAAUACCUGUAUAAACACCACCUACUCACCUGUCUCCAGCCAAAGGUAGGCACAAAAACCUAACCCAACAUCUAAAAACGUCAUAGCCCACACCGGUGGGCGUUUGGUGUGUGUGUGUGUGUGUGUGUGUGUGUGUGUGUGUGUGUGUGUGUGUGUCAUACAGCUGUAGCUCCAAAAUCUAAAAUCUGUUUUAACUGUUGCUUACCUGGACAAAUCAAUUGUCUUUCGGCAGUUUCAGACUGUACCUUAAGUAGGGGAGAAGUAUCUUUUUUCAACAGUUUUUUUUUUUAAUUAAGAGGAUUUGAAAAAAAAAUAGGCAGUGAUAGUUAUUUAUAGAACAGAAACACAGUAAAGAUGAUGUUGAUGAUUAUAAUGGUGAUGAUGAUGAUGUUGGUGAUGAUGAUGUAAUGAUAAAGAUGAUGAAUGUGUGGCUGAUGAUGACUGUGAUGCUGCAGCUUCUGUUGAUGAUGUUUGAGAUGAGGUCGAUAUAAUGAUGAUGUGAUGAUGAUUGGGUCAGAGACAAUAAGACUAAAUUGAUGAUGAUGAUGAUCAUGAUGAUGAUAAUGGUAAUGAUGGUGAUGAUGCUGUUGGAGAUUGUGUGGAUGAUAAUGAUGAUAAUGAUGUUGUGGAUGAUAAUGAAAAUGAUGAAGGUAAUAAUGAUGAUAACAUUGAUGAUAAUGAUGGUUGUGACGCUGAAGAUAUUGGAAAUGAAGAUGAUGAUAAGGCUAUUUAUGAUAAUGAUGACGGUAAUAAUGAUUUUGAUGAUUUUAUAGAUGAUGUUGAUGAUAAUGAUGACGGUGAUGAUAAAGUUGAUAAUGAUGAUGGUGAUGAUGAAGCUGAUAAUGAUGACGGUGAUGAUGAAGCUGAUUAUGAUGAUGAUGAUGGAGAUGAUGCUGAUGAUGAUGAUAAUGGUGAUGAUAAUGUUGGCGAUAAUGAUAAAAAUAAUUAUGCUGAUGAUGAUGAUGAUGAUGCUGUGAUGAUCAUAGUUAAGAAGCUCAAGAUGGAGAUGAAGACAAUGAUGAUAAUUGAUGCUGGGAUGAAGAAGAUUGUGGAGAUGGUGAUGUUGAUAAUAGUGAUGAUGUUGAUGUGAUGAUCAAAAUGAUGAUAUUCUCAAUGAAGAUAUUAAUGAUAAUAAAGGAGAUCAGAUUGGACCUGAUGAUGGUGGUGAUUUAGAUGAUGAUGGAGCCCAGGAUGUAGAUGAUAAUGUGACUCUGACAAUGAUUAUGAUAAUAGACAUAAAAAAGAUUAUAAUGAUGAUUAUGGAGAACAGACAGAUAACAGAGAUCAGGUUGGACAAAAUUAUGGUGAUAAUGAUCAUUAAAUUAUUGAAUUUCCCUUUGGGGAUAAAUCAUGUUCGGGGAUUAUGUUUAUGUUUAUGAUAAUGGGGCUCAGGAUAAAGAUAAUAAUAAUAAUGAAGAUGAUGAUAUCAGGAUGAAGAAGAUUAUGAUAUAAUGAUGAUGAUAAUGAUGAUGACAAUGAUGGUCAGGGUGAAAAAGUUGAAAAUUUUAUUUGUAUUGGAAAAAGAAUAAAAAAUCGACACCAGGGCAAAUUUUUAUACAGAGGGAGCAGGCCGCUUCUCAGUGUGUUACAGCAUAAAUCAGAAGUAGAUCGUAAACUCAAUAAAUACUUAUGAUAAAACAGCGACAAGUCCACAUGAUCAAACUAAUUGCUUUGUUCAUCAAAAACUUUAAAACUCCAAACAGAUUUGUUUCUAUGGAGUCAUUGAGCAAACAUCAGCUGAUCAGAUUAAUUAGUGCCGUAUCAGCUGAUCAGAAUUACUCACAGACUGACUAAAGAGCACACAGUGAGUAGCUCAGACACAUAAACAUUACAUUUAUGUCCAGAGACCUAUCUGAACCCUGUCUCUGUGUGACGUCCCCCCUGUCUCUGCAGCUGGACUAAUGACUGGACCAACAGUCUUCUGUCUGACACUGAGUCUGUCUCGGUGAUGUCAUUGCCGGAGAAUAGCCAGCAGACGACGCAGGGUGGCCGGGGUCGUCUGAAUGCCACUGCUGGCACCAGAAACUUUAGUGCUAAUUCAGAGAAGAGUCGAGACAAACCCAGCGCCGACUGUCCUUAA